UAAGCAAGCAAGACAGCCAUUCGCCACAUUCUUCUUUCGCAUUCUUCACCCGCUAACCGGACGAUUGGGCAUUGCGAGUUUUAGCAUCAUCUCCCGAUUGUCUCUUGAAGAUCCAGUUUUGCAGUUAUGGAUGGGCAUGACUCUGAAGAUCCGAAGCAAAGCACGGCUGAUAUGACGGUUUUUGUGCAAAAUCUUCUUCAACAAAUGCAAUCUAGGUUCCAAACCAUGUCUGACUCCAUUAUCACAAAGAUCGAUGAGAUGGGGAGCCGCAUAAAUGAAUUGGAGCAGAGCAUCAACGAUCUAAAAUCUGAGAUGGGUGUUGAGGGCUCACCGUCGCCGAUGACUCCUUCAAAGUCGAGUGCAGAUGAAGUGAAGAAAGAUGAAGUCUGCCAUGGAGCCAUGACAGGUAGCUAGAGCUCGAUCGAGGACCCAACUCGGGCCUUUUGUGGUGGUGGCCAAUACUGCAGUGGAGAAGACGAUCAGGAAUGCAGCGAUGAAGCAAAAUGGAAGGAGAACAGAAAGCUUGGCCACCAUUCUUGCUUUAUCUGCUAUUCCUGGUAUGUCUGUACAACCCCCUUGAAUCCUUUAUAUUGAUUUGCAAGCAAGUUGGUUGGAAUUGGUCUUCUGAUUUUUGUUUAUUAUUUAUAUUUGUUUUGUUUUGAUC